AUGACUAAACAACAGCUCAACUCUACGUACGCCGGUGCAACUUUGCUUAACCCGGAGAAUACGUGGUCAGAGGGACUAGCAAGCGAAGCUGUUGUUACGUUCUUCUUGUGUCACACGGUUUUGCUGACUGCUGCAGAUACUGACAAAAAUUUGCUUGCUCCAUUGGCUAUUGGCCUGACAUUGAGCAUUGACAUAUUGUCAACAGGUUCAAUAACGGGAGCAUCUAUGAAUCCAGCUCGAUCACUGGGUCCAAACAUUGUCGGCCAGAUAUUCCUCGAUUCCAACGUGAUACCACCGCAUUUUUGGAAUUAUCAUUACAUCUAUUGGGCAGGACCAUUCAUUGGCGCUACUAUAGCUGCAUUGUUCUAUUGGCUCUUCGAAUCAAGGCAGCAUCGAUUGCUUCGAUAA